AUGAUUGACAAACACAAUAACGAUAUAGCUGAAGAAUCCGCCCAAUUCAACAAUUCUCAACUGUUUGGACUUCUAUCAACGCAUUUGAUGUUAUCCGCAAUAAAGCUACAGAUAACACAGGCCGAAAUCAUUAAUGUACUUACUGAUACGCAUCAUGGAAAAAUAAGUCCCCUGUUAUUGGCUCCUCAUCAAUUGAAAGAAGAAAUUAGUGUCAUUAAGGCUAAUCUUCCAAUUUCACAUGCCUUGCCAACAUCAGGUGACAAUUUGAUUCAACUUUAUAAGCUUAUGAGUGUCAAAGGGGCAGUUACAAAAUAUGAAAUCAUUUUUGAAGUGAAGAUACCCUUAGUUAACCAACAGUUUUUUGAGUUGUUCAAAAUAGUUGCAGUUCCAACAAUACAAAAUGACACCUUAAUCGCCAUUCAACCAGAAACGGAAUACAUAUCUACCGAUGCACAUAGAGAAGAAUAUAUUCUUGUCAAAUCAGAGGAUAUUUCAAGCUGUCUCAAACCAAACGAUGAUGAAUAUAUUUGCAGAAAUCAGCAGUCAAAGCUCAAGAAAAAUGCACUUGUUAACCCUUGCGAGAUCAAUAUCUUCUAUAACCAAUCAACUAGCAAUUGCCGUCUUCACAAAAUUACUGGAACAGCAGUUUGGAGUCAAUUACAUCAUCAAAAUAAAUGGAUCUUUGCUACUACAGCCGAUAUUGAAUCUUCAAUGGUAUGCGGGUCUGAAACCAACCUCAUCAUCAUUAAAAAUUCCGGAAUAAUGGAAAUUGGUCCUACCUGCGUAAUUAAAAACAAAUUUGUUACGAUACAUGGACAUUUUGCAGCUUCCAGUAGUUUACAUACAUCCUAUGUAAGAUUGAAAGGCAUUCAAUAUAUAAGUCGACAAGAGGAAAUUGAAAAGGUUUCAACAAAUACCAAUACCACCUCUUACAAGAUUCAUCAAGAAGAAUUGGAUAAUAUACAAAAACAUUUGCAUGAAUCAACUCUAAAACACCUACCACAAUUAAUUCAAUCAUCAAAUCAACAUCAUCAUGCAGUUAGCUACGCAUCUUUAGCUUGCUGCAUUCUUAUUUUACUUGGCCUGCUGAGUUGGAGGAUCCACACAAAAUUUAAGAAGCCAUCUCAAUUCAUACCUACACCAGCUAUAAGAUCUCAUCAAUCAACAAUCGAUGUUACAAUGGAGUCAUUUCCACACGCAUCCAACCCAGGCGCAAUCAUUGAACAAUGUCAACGCGGCGGAGAAUGUUAA